AUGGCACCAAAGAUGAUGAAAGCCGCCGUCUUGAAAGAGCACGGCAAACCCCUCGUAAUAGAACAAGUCCCCGUCCCAACCCCAGAAGGCCGCCACGUCCUCGUCCGCGUCCUCGCCGCUUCCCUCUGCCACUCAGACCUAACAAUAAUCCAAGGCAAAGUCGCCGCCAGCGCCAGCACCCCUCUAAUCCUAGGCCACGAAGCCGUAGUCGAGAUCGAAGCCCUAGGCCCCGAAGCCGCCAAAUACGGCCUGAAGGUCGGCGAUCGGGUCGGCGCACCACUAUGGCAAGACUGGUGUCUCGAUUGCCACGAGUGCAAAGCCGUCGGGACGGAGUUCUGUGCUCAGCUGAAGAUGCGCGGUGUUACUUCUCCGGGCUUCUUUGCUGAGUAUACGACCAUGGACGCGGCGAGUGCGGUCGUUAUCCCGCGCGAUAGUCCCGCGACGGCGGCGCAGCUUUCGCCGAUCUUUUGCGCGGGUAUUACGGUUUGGGACGCGCUUACACGGGCUGAGUUGAGGCCUGGAGAGACCGUUGCGAUUGCGUUUGGGGCGAAGGUUAUUGCUAUUGAUGUGCAUGAUGGGCAGUUGGAGAGUGUUAAGGCUGGGGGUAGUGCGGAUGAGAUUUUGAAUACGCGGGACCUCGAGGCGACGGAGGUUAUUGCGAGGAUUCGAGAGUUGAAUAGUGGUAGAGGAGUUGAUGCGGCGGUUGUUACGUCUGGGUCGAAGGCGGCGUAUUUGACUGCCUUGUCUAUUCUCUCGCCGUUGGGAAGAUUGAUGGCUGUUGGGAUUCCCCUUGAAGAAGUCCCCAUUAAUCCUACGGUGAUUGCACUUCGGGCUCUCAAGAUCAUCGGGGCUAAAGUUCCAGGCCAAAUUGGUACAGCGGCUUGUGUUGAAUUCUCCCAGCGGAAGGGAAUCUAUCCCAAGGUUAACCCGAGAAAGUUUCAGCUGGAGGAUAUCAAUGAGAUGAUUGAUCUGAUGGGCGCUGGGAAGGUGGAGGAGGGCAGAAUGGUUAUACAAUUCUCCUGA